UCCCCCAGCCCUUCAGUUUCCACUGAAAAUCGUAAACUCCAGCAUCCCCUGGACGAAAAAAGUAAACAAAAAAAAAAUCUCUAAAUCUCACUCUCACCUUCUCGAGGCCAAGUCUUUAGAAUAAAUUUUUGACAUUCGCGACGAAAGUUUGUGAAAGAACGAUUAAUCUCGAGUCCAAGGACAAACUGCGGAAGAAUCAUGAUGCGAUUUCAUCCUGCCGGUAAAUCAAUCUUCAAGGACGACAUGAAAGUCAACCACCAGAGGAUAGAUAUUCCUCUCUGGGAGCACCUGAUGCCGGACUUCGCGAAUUCCCUCUAUCCCCUCAACAUGAGCCUCGAGGAUGAGAUCAAACGUCUCUUCGACUUCAGGAUCGAGAAUUGUCAGUGGUGGCGUCCAAAACCAUCACCUGAGGAAGUGAUGGACGACUUUAGACGUAAUGGAAAGGACUUUGAGUACUGUCCAGAGCUGGAGAGUGGUGAGAUUCCUCUGCCGAAUGGCCGUCGCAAGAAGUCGAAGAGACCAAUGCCCACCGAGUGCGUCUUCUGCAAGAACAAUGGGGAGCAGGAGAGCUACUACAAGGGGCAUCUCCUCAAGGAUGUCGAAGGCAAAACCACCUGCCCAAUUCUGAAGGCGUACACUUGUCCAAUAUGCAAUGCUACAGGUGAGGAUGCGCACACCGUCAAGUACUGCCGUUUAAACAAGAAUGGAGAUGCAAUGCCAACAUUCAACACCAUGAAGCUCCUAAGGAACUCAACGGGCAAACGUCGUUACAGUAAAUAAACAAUACGACUUUUAUACUUCUAACUUAGAUUGCCCUCACCAACGUUUUACCAAAAACAUUGCGAUAACGAGACGUACAAUCCCAAAGAGUCUAAAGCUUCUGGUAAGCUCCUAUCAUGCGUUAAAAAAAAGUGUUAGAGAGAAUGUUGAGUAUACAUCAUGUUUUUUUUUAUAGAAAGAUUUUACAAAGUGAUGUUCUCCACGUUAAUUUUGCCAUUUAUUCAUUAAACGAUCGAUUAUGAGCUUAAGAAUUUUAGUAUGUAAUUAUGAGGAAGUUGGUCAUUGAUUUAAAGAGCCCUGAUGGCUUGCCAAAUAUAAGAAAACCAGUGUUUUCUUGACAGACUCAAUGUUCACAGAGAACAUUAACCAAUUGUGUCGGUAAUUUUAUCAAUAUUUCGUUGUUCAUUAAUUAAAAACCUUCGAGGGUGGUUAAUGACCCAGAUUAUAAGACAUUCCGAUAAUUACAUUCAGUCCGUCAUGGGUUUUACUAUUAGUUUUAGGAUUAACAAGCGAGGACUCCUCGAGAGAUAUUAGUGUGUGUGCUACAUUACAUUUUUGAUAUGAUUAAGGAAAUAUAUGAUUAGGGGGAAAAUUGAGAAAGACUUUUGGGGGUAAUCAGAUUUUUUAGUUCACUAGCAUCGGGUUUCAUGUUUUUCUCGUGAAAUAGUAUAUUUUUAGGAUUUUUUCAGAUAAAGUAACCGAAUUUUUUCGCUUCGUUAGCAUGUGGAAUAUUAAAUGAAAAAGUUCUGACAGUGAAACUUUUUUUUUAAUUUAAUAUCUCAUCCGAUGACAGCAGAAACAUUUGUGUUAUUACUUGUACAAAGAUGUAGAAAUUGAUUUUUUGGAGUCUUUUAGAGUGAAGAUGUGCAUAAUUAAAUUUCAAUUGCGAUCCGUUAAAAUGGCGAAUGCCCAAGAAAUUUGCCGGCCUUAUUCUUUGGGCUAUUCAGCAGACUUUAACGGCUUUUGGAUGGAAAUAAUAUUAUUUAUGAUUUAUGGAAUCAGUCAAUCAAAGGACAAUAUAACGCACUCCGUAAAAUUCUUUCUCUUUUUUUACCCUGCGACCAUCAGCGACUAGAUUAAGAUGAGCCAGUAUAUCAUGAGUACAAAAAGUAAGUACCAAGUACAAAUUAAGUUUAAACGAGAACUAUACUUAGUUUUUCUUUUCAUAAGGUUUAUCUGAAUAGGUUCAUUUAUUUCACGUCAAAGGACAACGGGGGUGGCUCACAAAAAAGAAAACCACGACGAAUUUAUUUUCUCCCCAAUCGAAUUGUUUAUUCUCAAAUGCAAAACGUCAGGAAAUAAUAGUCCGUAAUUAUUUGGCUUUGAAAUAUAAUUCAAGUAAUGAAUUUGCACAUUUCUUUUAUGCAAUUGUACAAUAUCAAUUUAUUCCCAAUAUUACUAUACUUUUCUCUUUUUUAUCACGUCCAGAUCAUUUUGUUUACGAAUUAAUGAGAUCAAUUGACGAAUAUUGACGUGAGGGAAGAAGAAAAAUGCAUUGAUUAUGGUUGUUGGUG